AUGACUACCAUCAAGAACGAACUCGAGGACUUCGAGGCGUUCCUCGAGGCCGACUUCCAGGAUUCGGUCUUCGCCAGGGAUUUGCUUCUUGCUACCAAUGGCAGUGACGGACCCGAGCUCGAUUUGUCUACACCCAUCAAAAAGCUCCAGUUCGAUAUCCAAGAGUGUGAAAAGAGAAUGAAGGCCAUUGCCGCCAGCAACUACGAGGCGCUUGUGCAGAACUUCUCCAAGAUCGAAGGCUCCAAGGAAUUGCUUGACGGCAAGAUCAACAGCGGCAUAAAGCAUAUCAACUCGUCUUUUGACAGAAUCAAAACAGGCGUGAUCCAGCCGUACGACGAGGCUGUCCGGCUCAACAACGCCUUGAAACGCAUCCAUGUGACGUUGGACUUGUUGCGGAGCUCCAGUUACUUCAUUUUCCUUCUCCAGCAGUUAGAAGAGCUCGAUAAGGCCGACUCCAACAUGGUCCGCCUUGCCCGUUUGAUGGUCCAGAUCCACGAAUUCUACGUCAAGGAAGAGAGAGGCGCCACCAGAGGCGCCAGUCUCCUCCGCAUCCGGCUCAUCAGAGACUCCAGAGCCGACAUCGAGAACAAACGGCUCGAAUUAAGAAGCCGUUGCGUACAUGCCAUCCAAGCAGUCCACAACAGCAACUUCAGUCCCGAUAACCAGGACCUCCACAACGGACUCGUCAGUCUCUACAUUCUUGACAAGAAGGACUUCUUGUCGGUUUUGGAAAAAGCCACAGUGAAUCGACUCGUGGACUCCUCGCUGACACAAUUGUCUCGAUCGUUACAGUCGCCCAGAAACUUCACAGCCAUCGUUUCGGACGUCAAGCACAGUUCCCAGGAAUACUUCGACAAGUUGGCCAUCACCUUGAACAACUGCGAGGUUCCCAACGAGAAUCUCUUCAAUAGCGUGCUCGAGCAUUGGGGUGGAAAUGCACUCACCGAGUCCUUCUGGAUUAAGUUGACAUCCAAGUUCAAAAAGAACAUUGCUGCCACCAUGGCAAGAGGUGGUCCAAUUGCUAAGAACUUACGUGUAUACUAUCCUGGAAUCAAAAACUCGUUGGUGGACACUUUUAACGUGGAAAGUGAGCGGAACUUGGUGCUUGAUGCCGUUUCGAUCAUCCCUACAGAGUAA